AUGUCAGCAGUUUUGAAAGAGGAUGGACUCGAAGUUGCACACGUGGAAGAUGAUCGAGGAGUUCAGGUAAGAUUUUUUGAGAGAGUUUUGAAGUUAUCGGAAUCGAACCUGGGCAGAUUUUGUGAAAAAAACAUUAAGGCCGCAUCAAAAAUUCUGAUUUAUUUUUUUGAAAUUUCAAAUUUCAGGGCGAUGCUGCGAUUAUCGAUGUUGAUGAUCGAGAGGAAUAUUUUGUGAAACCAUUGUAUACGUAUUAUUGUACUUGUGGUGAAGUAAGCUUUUAUGUUAACCAUUUCUCAUAAAGUUAUUUUCUUCGAAAUUCGGAACUAUCAGAUUUUUAGAAGUAUUCUCCGAAAUCGUACAGUAACUCAAUUUUUGGUUUUUCUACCAUAUAAUUUUUUAAAAUUAUUUAACUUCGUUUCAGAUGGCAAUGAUCAGUGAUACAUUAAUUUGCCGAAUGCCAUUACGAAAAAGAGAUUUGGCUAGAGUAAUUGCACCGGAACGCACAACUGCCAAAAUAUUUGCGACCCAAGGAGAUAGUGUUUAUAUCAAAAGAAAUUGCGGUUUAGAGCAACAAUAUCGAAAGAUUUGUAAAUCUUGUAAAGUUCCAUUGUUUUAUCAACAUCCUACAAACAUGGCUUGCACUUUUAUUUUUAAUGAUGCACUACUUUCUGCUCAAGAAGUUGGUGGAUUUAGUGGAAAUAAUGAGGAGCAGAGAGCCAAGAAAAUUGUGAUGAAAAGAAAUGUUAAGAAUCAGGGAAAAAGUGGAAGUGUUACUGUUUCGACGAUGGAAGGAGAAGAAGAGGAUGAAUUAGAAGCACGGGAAACUGCACAAUCUUAUACUAUGAAUGCUCGAAUUGUUCAUGAUACUUUGAAAAGAAAAGGAAUUAUGAAUGGCAAAUUUGUGACGCCGAAUGAUGUGCCUUCAUCUUCCAGUGAAGCUAAAAAGAAGCGAGGAACGCUUUUAUAA